GACGGGAAAGUCAAGAUGGACGCGUCCAUUUGAACGUCUCGCAUGCCUUCCUGCCAUUGGCACUGGCGCCCGGUGCUGUUGCCCGUUCUUCCUCCGGAAUAGGGGAGGGAGAGGGAAUGAGAAGCUGCCGCGGCCGAGGAGUCACUGUGACGGACCCCGCCGCUGCCCUAGGGCCUCCUCGGCCCCUGCGCCUCCGGGGAGCAGCCGGGGCUCGCCGCGCCUGACGCGUCCCGAGUUAUACAGAAAUAAUGUUGAUAUUUGGAACCCAUGUCGAACUUCUAUGAAGAAAGGGCAACGAUGAUUGCAGCCAGGGAUUUGCAGGAAUUUGUUCCUUUUGGUCGAGACCACUGCAAGCACCACCCUAAUGCUUUGAACCUUCAACUUCGCCAGCUGCAGCCAGCCUCUGAAUUAUGGUCUUCUGAUGGUGCUGCUGGCUUGGUGGGAUCCCUUCAGGAGGUUACAAUCCACGAGAAACAGAAGGAAAGCUGGCAGUUAAGGAAAGGAGUGAGUGAAAUUGGAGAAGACGUGGACUAUGAUGAGGAACUCUAUGUUGCCGGAAAUAUGGUGAUAUGGAGCAAAGGAAGUAAAAGCCAGGCAUUGGCAGUUUAUAAAGCGUUUACAGUUGACAGUCCUGUUCAGCAGGCAUUGUGGUGUGACUUCAUUAUAUCACAGGAUAAGUCUGAAAAGGCCUACAGUAGCAAUGAAGUAGAAAAAUGCAUAUGUAUAUUGCAAAGCUCAUGUAUUAACAUGCAUAGCAUAGAAGGAAAGGAUUAUAUAGCUUCCUUACCAUUUCAGGUUGCCAAUGUUUGGCCCACUAAAUAUGGAUUGUUGUUUGAGCGAAGCACUUCUUCACAUGAAGUACCUCAAGGUUCACCCAGAGAACCUUUACCCACUAUGUUCAGCAUGCUGCACCCACUAGAUGAAAUAACUCCACUUGUUUGUAAAUCUGGAAGUAUUUUUGGUUCGUCACGGGUGCAAUAUGUUGUAGAUCAUGCAAUGAAAAUUGUUUUCCUCAAUACUGACCCCUCUAUUGUAAUGACUUACGAUGCCGUUCAAAAUGUGCAUUCUGUGUGGACUCUCCGGAGAGUCAAAUCAGAGGAAGAGAAUGUUGUUUUAAAGUUCUCUGAACAGGGGGGAACCCCACAGAAUGUGGCCACUAGCAGCUCCCUCACAGCACAUCUCAGAAGCCUCUCCAAAGGAGAUUCCCCUGUGACUUCACCUUUUCAGAAUUACUCCUCCAUUCACAGUCAAAGUCGCUCAACCUCAUCACCCAGUCUACAUUCUCGCUCACCUUCUAUUUCCAACAUGGCAGCUCUAAGUCGUGCUCAUUCUCCUGCCUUAGGGGUGCACUCUUUUUCAGGGGUGCAAAGGUUCAACAUUUCAAGCCAUAAUCAGUCUCCAAAGAGACACAGUAUUUCUCAUUCUCCAAACAGUAAUUCUAAUGGCUCCUUUCUUGCACCAGAAACUGAGCCAAUUGUUCCUGAACUGUGUAUUGACCAUUUGUGGACAGAAACGAUGAUUAAUAUAAGAGAGAAAAAUUCACAAGCCUCAAAAGUGUUUAUUACAUCUGACCUAUGUGGACAAAAGUUCCUGUGCUUUUUAGUGGAGUCCCAGCUCCAGUUACGCUGUGUAAAGUUUCAAGAGAGUAAUGAUAAAACCCAGCUCAUCUUUGGUUCAGUGACCAACAUACCAGCAAAGGAUGCAGCACCAGUGGAGAAAAUAGACACCAUGCUGGUCUUGGAAGGCAGUGGAAACCUGGUGCUAUACACAGGAGUGGUUCGGGUGGGAAAGGUUUUUAUUCCUGGACUGCCAGCUCCUUCUCUGACGAUGUCCAACACAAUGCCUCGGCCCAGUACUCCACUUGACGGCGUUAGUACUCCAAAGCCUCUUAGUAAACUCCUUGGAUCAUUGGAUGAGGUUGUUCUGUUGUCGCCGGUUCCAGAGCUGAGGGAUUCUUCAAAACUUCAUGAUUCUCUCUAUAAUGAGGAUUGUACUUUCCAACAACUUGGAACUUACAUUCAUUCUAUCAGAGAUCCUGUCCAUAACAGAGUCACCCUAGAACUGAGUAACGGCUCCAUGGUUAGGAUCACUAUUCCUGAAAUUGCCACCUCUGAGUUAGUACAAACGUGUUUGCAAGCAAUUAAGUGUAUCCUGCCAAAAGAAAUAGCAGUUCAGAUGCUUGUCAAGUGGUACAAUGUCCACAGUGCUCCAGGAGGACCCAGUUAUCACUCAGAGUGGAACUUAUUUGUGACUUGUCUCAUGAACAUGAUGGGUUAUAACACAGACCGCUUAGCAUGGACUAGAAAUUUUGACUUUGAAGGAUCACUUUCCCCUGUCAUUGCGCCCAAAAAAGCAAGGCCUUCCGAGACUGGAUCUGAUGAUGACUGGGAAUAUUUACUAAAUUCAGACUACCACCAGAAUGUUGAGUCUCAUCUUUUGAACAGAUCUUUAUGUUUGAGUCCUUCAGAAGCUUCACAGAUGAAGGAUGAGGAUUUUUCACAGAAUCUCAGUCUGGAUUCUUCUACACUUCUCUUUACUCACAUACCUGCAAUUUUUUUCGUUCUUCACCUUGUGUAUGAGGAGCUUAAGUUGAAUACUCUAAUGGGAGAAGGAAUUUGUUCACUUGUUGACCUUCUUGUUCAGUUGGCAAGGGACUUAAAAUUGGGACCUUAUGUAGAUCAUUACUAUAGAGACUACCCAACACUUGUCAGAACUACUGGACAAGUGUGCACAAUUGAUCCAGGUCAAACAGGAUUUAUGCAUCAUCCAUCAUUUUUUACUUCUGAGCCACCAAGCAUUUAUCAGUGGGUGAGUUCUUGUCUGAAGGGUGAAGGAAUGCCACCUUAUCCUUACCUCCCUGGAAUCUGUGAAAGAAGCAAACUCGUAGUCUUGAGUAUUGCGCUGUACAUACUUGGUGAUGAGAGCUCGGUUUCUGAUGAAUCCUCACAGUAUUUAACCAGAAUAACUAUAGCCCCCCAGAAGUUGCAAGUAGAACAAGAGGAAAACAGGUUUAGUUUCAGGCAUUCUACGUCCGUUUCUAGUCUAGCUGAAAGAUUGGUUGUCUGGAUGACUAAUGUAGGAUUCACUUUAAGAGAUUUGGAAACCCUUCCCUUUGGAAUUGCUCUUCCCAUCAGAGACGCAAUUUAUCACUGUCGUGAGCAGCCUGCCUCAGACUGGCCAGAAGCUGUCUGUCUCUUGAUUGGACGUCAGGAUCUUUCCAAGCAGGCCUGCGAAGGAAACUUACCCAAAGGGAAGUCUGUGCUCUCAUCAGAUGUUCCUUCAGGAACAGAAACUGAGGAGGAAGAUGACGGGAUGAAUGACAUGAAUCACGAGGUCAUGUCAUUAAUAUGGAGUGAAGAUUUAAGGGUACAGGAUGUGCGAAGGCUUCUUCAGAGUGCGCAUCCUGUCCGCGUCAACGUAGUGCAGUACCCGGAGCUCAGCGACCACGAGUUCAUUGAAGAAAAGGAAAACAGAUUGCUCCAAUUGUGUCAGCGAACUAUGGCUCUUCCUGUAGGACGAGGAAUGUUUACCUUGUUUUCGUACCAUCCUGUUCCCACAGAGCCGUUGCCUAUUCCUAAAUUGAAUCUGACUGGGCGUGCCCCUCCUCGGAACACAACAGUCGACCUUAAUAGUGGAAACAUCGACGUGCCUCCCAACAUGACAAGCUGGGCCAGCUUUCAUAAUGGCGUAGCUGCUGGCCUGAAGAUAGCUCCUGCCUCCCAGAUCGACUCAGCUUGGAUUGUUUACAAUAAGCCCAAGCAUGCGGAGUUAGCCAAUGAGUAUGCUGGCUUCCUCAUGGCUCUGGGGCUGAAUGGACACCUCACCAAGCUGGCGACUCUCAAUAUCCAUGACUACUUGACCAAGGGCCAUGAAAUGACAAGCAUUGGACUGCUGCUUGGUGUUUCUGCUGCAAAACUAGGCACCAUGGAUAUGUCUAUCACUCGACUUCUUAGCAUUCACAUUCCUGCUCUCUUACCCCCAACGUCCACAGAGCUGGAUGUUCCUCACAAUGUCCAAGUGGCUGCAGUGGUUGGCAUUGGCCUUGUGUAUCAAGGGACUGCUCACAGACAUACUGCAGAGGUCCUGUUGGCUGAGAUAGGACGGCCUCCUGGUCCUGAAAUGGAAUACUGCACUGACAGAGAGUCAUACUCCUUAGCUGCUGGCUUGGCCCUGGGCAUGGUCUGCUUGGGGCAUGGCAGCAAUUUGAUAGGUAUGUCUGAUCUCAACGUGCCUGAGCAGCUCUAUCAGUACAUGGUUGGAGGACAUAGGCGCUUUCAAACAGGAAUGCAUAGGGAGAAACAUAAAUCGCCAAGUUAUCAAAUCAAAGAGGGAGAUACCAUAAAUGUGGAUGUGACUUGUCCAGGUGCUACUCUAGCUUUGGCUAUGAUCUACUUGAAAACCAAUAACAGAUCUAUUGCAGAUUGGCUGCGAGCCCCUGACACCAUGUAUUUGUUGGACUUCGUGAAGCCGGAAUUUCUCUUGCUUAGGACACUUGCUCGAUGCCUGAUUUUGUGGGAUGAUAUUUUACCAAAUUCCAAGUGGGUUGACAGCAAUGUUCCUCAAAUUAUAAGAGAAAAUAGUAUCUCUCUCAGUGAAAUCGAAUUGCCUUGCUCAGAGGAUUUGAAUUUGGAAACUUUGUCGCAAGCACAUGUCUACAUAAUUGCAGGAGCCUGUCUGUCUCUGGGUUUUCGAUUUGCUGGCUCAGAAAACUUAUCAGCAUUUAACUGUUUGCAUAAAUUUGCAAAAGAUUUUAUGACUUAUUUGUCUGCACCUAAUGCUUCUGUUACAGGUCCUUACAACCUAGAAACUUGUCUGAGCGUGGUGCUGCUGUCUCUCGCCAUGGUCAUGGCUGGCUCGGGAAACCUAAAGGUUUUGCAGCUUUGUCGCUUCUUACACAUGAAAACGGGUGGUGAAAUGAACUAUGGUUUUCACUUAGCCCACCACAUGGCCCUUGGACUUCUAUUUUUGGGAGGAGGAAGGUACUCUUUGAGCACAUCAAAUUCUUCCAUUGCCGCUCUUCUCUGUGCCCUUUACCCACACUUCCCAGCUCACAGCACUGACAACCGGUAUCAUCUCCAGGCUCUCCGGCACCUCUAUGUGCUGGCCGCGGAGCCCAGGCUUCUCGUGCCUGUGGAUGUGGACACAAACACGCCCUGCUAUGCCCUCUUAGAAGUUACCUACAAGGGCACUCAGUGGUAUGAACAAACGAAAGAAGAAUUGAUGGCUCCUACCCUGCUUCCAGAACUCCAUCUUUUAAAGCAGAUUAAAGUUAAAGGCCCAAGAUACUGGGAACUGCUCAUAGAUUUAAGCAAAGGAACACAACACUUGAAGUCCAUCCUUUCCAAGGAUGGGGUUUUAUAUGUUAAACUCAGGGCAGGUCAGCUCUCCUACAAAGAAGAUCCAAUGGGAUGGCAAAGUUUGUUGGCGCAGACUGUUGCUAACAGGAACUCUGAAGCCCGGGCUUUCAAGCCAGAAACAAUCUCAGCAUUCACUUCUGAUCCAGCACUUCUGUCAUUUGCUGACUAUUUCUGCAAACCAACUGUGAACAUGGGUCAGAAACAGGAAAUUCUGGAUCUCUUUUCUUCAGUACUCUAUGAAUGUGUUACCCAGGAGACCCCAGAGAUGUUGCCUGCAUACAUAGCAAUGGAUCAGGCUAUAAGAAGACUUGGGAGAAGAGAAAUGUCUGAGACUUCUGAACUUUGGCAGAUAAAGUUAGUGUUAGAGUUUUUCAGCUCCCGAAGCCAUCAGGAGCGGCUGCAGAACCACCCUAAGCGGGGGCUCUUUAUGAACUCGGAAUUCCUCCCUGUUGUGAAGUGCACCAUCGAUAAUACCCUGGACCAGUGGCUACAAGCCGGGGGUGAUAUGUGUGUGCACGCCUACCUCAGCGGGCAGCCCUUGGAGGAAUCGCAGCUGAGCAUGCUGGCCUGCUUCCUCGUCUACCACUCUGUGCCAGCUCCACGGCACCUGCCGCCUAUAGGACUAGAAGGGAGCACGAGCUUUGCUGAACUGCUCUUCAAAUUUAAGCAGCUAAAAAUGCCAGUGCGAGCUUUGCUGAGAUUGGCUCCUUUGCUUCUUGGAAAUCCACAGCCAAUGGUGAUGUGACCGUGUCUGGUGGUGAACCUACCCUGAGACGUGACUUCUACACAAAAACGUGACCAAACAUCAAAGCUAAAGCAAUGUUUAUAAAGUUUUAUGGUAUAACUAGGGGGAAGUCAGCUGCACAAACCUCAGUGUAUUUUAAAUCUGUUGCUGCGGUCUUUAACAUUAUAUGAUACGUAAAAGCAAGUUACAAUUUACUUUUGUAAAUAAAGUUUUUGAUUUGUUU